GUGCUAUCACAGCGACACAGACUGCUGACAUCAUUUGCGAGUCGGCCUGUAUCCAAGGGUUUGGCUAUCCGGCGACCGGAAAGGCAAGCUGACCACACAGCAGGGAUAGAGAAAGACGGAAGCAAGGUCUCGUCGGUCAUAUUGGAGGGGAUAGGGUCCAUGGUUGUUGAUUUCCAUAAGGCGUACUCAGGUCAUGGGCAUGCGUGCUUUACGAACCAGCCACUGUAUCGCUAUUCAUUACUGCCAUCUCAGCACAAACACAGCGAGAGUCUUCUUUGGCCCUGGCCCUUCCUGAAAAGCUCGAUUUCAACUGACACCGAGAGUCAGCGCCGGCCCGCCGGUAAUCAGAGGAGUCUCAAACCAUCUUCUGCCUCAAUUCCCCAAUUUCGCCAAAUCAUCAACCAUACUAGCAUGGUCGUGACAACAAAGGGGAAUGGACGGCCAAUGUCAAUGGAGGGAGACACUGAAGAGCGGAACCCCUUUUGGUUUUAAAACCCUUGAGAUCAGAGGAACCUCAGCCACG